AAAGGGGAAAAAGGGAGAGCGAGCGAGCGAGAGAGAGAGGUUUUCGUGUUGUUUUUUUUUUCCCCUUCUUUUUCAUUUUGUUUGCAUCCAGAGGAUGGCGGGCUGCGGGCUGUCGGAAGACGCCUUCUUCUCCUCCUUCUUUUACAACUACACCUGCUCCUGGGAGAGCGCCUGCGGCCAGAUGGUCACAUCUUUAGAUCCUGAAGGGAGGGAUGCAGCACGUUCUCUCAGGAGUCCAAAUGCAGCAACAGAUUUUGCCUCCAAGCAAUGUGCUGCUCUGGUUGGUGAAGACCAGCCUCUCUGUCCAGAUCUCCCAGAACUAGACCUCUCCGAACUAGACGUGAAUGACCUGGAUGCCGACAGCUUCCUGGGUGGACUCAAGUGGUACAGUGACCAAUCGGAAAUCAUUUCCAAUCAGUACAACAAUGAACCUUCAAAUAUAUUUGAGAAGAUAGAUGAAGAGAAUGAGGCAAACUUGCUAGCAGUCCUCACAGAGACACUGGACAGUAUCCCCGUGGACGAGGAUGGAUUGCCUUCAUUUGAUGCACUGACAGAUGGAGAUGUGACCAAUGAAAAUGAUUCUAGCCCUUCAUCCAUGCCUGACGGCACCCCUCCGACUCAGGAGGCAGAAGAGCCGUCUCUACUUAAGAAGCUCUUGCUGGCUCCAGCCAAUACUCAGCUAAGUUAUAAUGAAUGCUGUGGUCUCAGCACACAAAACCAUGCAAACACUAAUCACAGGAUCAGAACAAUUCCUGCAGUGGUUAAGGCUGAGAAUUCGUGGAGCAAUAAAGCGAAGAGCAUUUGUCCACAGCAAAAGCCGCAAAGGCGCCCCUGCUCAGAGCUCCUCAAGUAUCUGACCACGAAUGACGACCCGCCUCACACCAAAGCAGCAGAGAGCAGGAGCAGCAGCCAAGACAAAUGCACGUCCAAAAAGAAGCCCCACCUGCAACCACAGACGCAUCAUUUGCAAGCCAAACCAACAAGUUUAUCACUUCCUCUGACCCCCGAGUCACCAAAUGAUGCCAAGGGUUCCCCAUUUGAGAACAAGACUAUUGAACGAACCUUAAGUGUGGAACUCUCUGGAACUGCAGGCCUAACUCCACCUACAACUCCUCCUCACAAAGUCAACCAAGAUAGUCCUUUUAGGACUUCUCCCAAGCUGAAGUCCUCAUGCAAGACUGUUGUGCCACCGUCCAAAAAGCCCCGUUUCAGUGAGUCUUCCAGGACCCAAGGAAAUAAUCCCAAUAAGAAAAGCCCGGAGCAAUCGGAGCUGUACGCCCAGCUCAGCAAGACCUCCAUACUGUCCAGCGGACAUGAGGAGAGGAAGACAAAACGACCGAGUUUGCGGCUGUUUGGUGACCACGACUACUGUCAGUCGCUCAAUGCUAAAGCCGAAAUCCGCAUCAACAUAUCGCAGGAGCUCCAGGACUCUAGACAACUCGAAUAUAAAGAUUCCUCAUCUGGAUGGCAGUGUCAGAUUUGUACUUCUGCAGAUCAAGACCAGUGCUCCACAAGAGAGACUUCACAGGAGAGCAAGCAGGGAGCCCCACGCAACAACCGCAAGCAGCUCCAAGACCAGGAAAUCCGCGCUGAGCUGAACAAGCACUUUGGUCAUCCCAGCCAGGCUGUUUUUGAUGACGAAGCAGACAAGACCAGUGAACUGAGGGACAGUGAUUUUAGUAAUGAACAAUUCUCCAAACUACCUAUGUUUAUAAAUUCAGGACUAGCUAUGGAUGGUCUGUUUGAUGACAGCGAAGAUGAAAAUGAUAAACUGUGCUACCCUUGGGAUGGGACACAAUUCUAUUCAUUGUUUGAUGUGUCGCCUUCCUGCUCUUCUUUUAACUCUCCAUGUAGAGAUUCAGUGUCUCCACCCAAAUCCUUAUUUUCUCAAAGAUCCCAAAGGAUACUCUCGAGAUCAAGGUCCUUUUCUCGACACAGGUCAUGUUCCCGAUCUCCAUAUUCCCGGUCAAGAUCAAGGUCUCCCAGCAGUAGAUCCUCUUCAAGAUCUUGUGACUACUACGAGCCAAGCCAUUGCAGACCCCGAGCUCCGCGGAGAUCUCCUUUACACGCAAGAUCGCGCUCCAGGUCGCCCUUCAGUCAUAGGCCCAGGUAUGACAGCUACGAGGAAUAUCAGCACGAAAGGCUGAAGAGGGAGGAAUAUCGCAAAGAGUACGAAAAACGGGAGUCUGAGAGGGCCAAGCAAAGGGACAGACAAAGGCAGAAGGCAAUUGAAGAACGUCGUGUGAUUUAUGUGGGUAAAAUCAGACCUGACACAACCCGGACAGAACUGAGGGACCGUUUUGAAGUUUUUGGUGAAAUUGAGGAGUGUACCGUAAAUCUGCGGGAUGAUGGAGACAGCUAUGGUUUCAUCACCUUCCGCUACACCUGCGAUGCUUUUGCUGCUCUUGAAAAUGGAUCUACUUUGCGCAGGCCGAAUGAACCUGACUUUGAGCUGUACUUUUGUGGACGCAAGCAAUUUGUCAAGUCAAACUAUGCAGACCUAGAUUCAAACUCAGAUGAUUUUGACCCUGCUUCCACCAAGAGCAAGUAUGACUCCAUGGAUUUUGAUAGUUUACUUAGAGAAGCCCAGCGGAGCCUGCGCAGGUAACAUGAACCGUGGCUGAGGAAAAUGGAGGGAACGUGAACACAUCAGGCCCUUCAGUGACGGACUAAGAAAUCAUACGGAGGAAUUUCUCCUACUUUACACUCUGUACAAAAAAACAAACAAAAAGGUUUACAUGAACCCAGCUGCUGAAGAGGGAAGAGGCAAAAUGGAUAUCCAGUAAGCACAUGUUUAUCUGUGGGUGUCAGCGUUGCUUUCCU